ACUACUUCGACUUAUUGUAAGAUAAUAAUAAAAGUAGCAAAUUAAAAGUGUAUAAAAAUUUAUAAAAAAUUAUGAUAAAUAAUAAAAUUAAGAUUUAAAAAAUAUACUAAGGUACAAAGUUAAAACUAAAAUGUAAGUCAGAACUUUUGACUAUUACAGUGCAAAAUGACGAAUCAUAUCAGUGUUAUCACCGAAAUAAAACUUAAACAGAUCAUAUUGUCAUAUAAUAACAAAAAAAAUAGAGCAUUAUAAGUUGACAACAGGUAUAGUCAAGAGAAUUGGUAUCUAUUUGUAAACUGAAACUCAUUUUUUGCAUUUAAUAACUACGACUUUUUUCUUCCAGAUUGAGAGUCAUCUUAUACGUCGCGUGAUUGAAAAUCACAGUGUGUUUAAUUACAUUCAUUAUGUCCGUUAGGGUGCAAUUUUUCAAGUAUGGUUUGUGCACCGUACUAUAUUUUAUUGUUUGCGUAAUUUUUAUUAAAACGAGAAGCUGCGACGUAAAAGAAGCGAUAAGGGUGACAACGACUGUGAUCAAGUAUCAGCCGCAAAAGCCUUUCUUGCCAAUUUCAAAUAAGAUAAUUAAGAAAAAAAAUGUCGAAUUGGAGAUCCGCUUGUUGCGGAAGGACGAGUUGGAAGGUGGUACUAUUGACCUGCAGAAGAGUGCGACAUUGCUCCAACAAGUAUCGAACAUCUGCGCAAAGUAUAAACUGAGGACUCCUCUUGUCAAAAGGCAUUUUUUAUAUAAUGUCGAACAUAAAUCGUUAUACUGCUGGAUCCGUAAGGCCGCGUCCACCAGUUUCACCAAAUUAUUUUCUGACAUGAGCAACCGUCAAGUUGAUCACGAUCUUUACAAAGAAGUGGACUUCUUAUCGCCAGAGAGUUUAAAAGAUCUACAGCGUUUUGCUGAUAACAAUACUGUUUUCAAAUUGCUUGUUGUCAGGCAUCCGUUUCAACGGCUGGUUUCGUCAUAUCGGGACCGCAUCGAGGACAAUAGCAAGUACACUGCGCAAUCUUGGCUUUACGCUCGCCAAAUUCUUCAUUUGUCGAGGCCGGAACUCUUUCGUUUUAAUGCAACGUUAAGUGGUAAUAUUCUACAAAGAAUAUUUCUACCGGAUAAAAGAUUAAAAGUGAUACCCAGCUUUCGAGAAUUCUUGGAGUGGUUGCUGAAACAACCAUCGAAUCACGAUGACGUCCACUGGGCUCAAUAUCACACCCAUUGUGCGGUCUGCGACGUGAGGUACAAUUUCAUUCUAAAACUAGACGAGUACACUUUCGGGGAGGUCAAUUACAUUCUGACGAAACUGAGAUUAAAUAAGGACAAGAUCUAUUUGCCCAAACUGCAGCGUACUCGUACAGGUAUCACCGAUUUUGACACAACAUGCAAAUACUUUCACAAUUUAACCACCGAUGUGGUCCUAAAACUGUAUGAAAGGUAUAAAGUGGACUUUGAGAUGUAUAACUAUAAACUAGACAAGUAUCUGCACUGUGCCAAGAGCAAGAAAUUGAUCUUGAGACAAAAAGAUAAGCAUAAGUAAUAUUUUAAAAAAUGAUAAAAAUCUUUUUAAUGAAGAUAAACACAUUUUUAUAUGCUCUUUCUGUAAAUUGGAUUAUAGAAAAUAUAUUUUGAUUAAUAAUCUUUUUUUUUACAAGUUUUUGUGGCUUUUAUAUCGUCUUUAUAAACGUGUGAAAGAAACAAAUAUAUAAAUUUCUUUUUAAAAAGAUCAGAUCUAAAAAUGAUUAAAACCAUGCUUGCAUAUUUUUUUCAUCAGACGAAAAUUCCAGAGUAUAGCGAUUAGAUGAGAAUAUUAAUCAAUAAAACUUCAAUAUAUAAAAAAGCUAUCUAUUUAUCUUUCCUAAUGAUUACAAGAAUGGCGUAGUAAUGACAGACUGAUGAUACGUUACAACGUAUAUUCAUUAAUAUACAAAAUAAAAUUAAGGGUACAAAACACAAUCAUUAACAAAAAAAAAA